AUGACCCUGCCGGGACGUCCCGCGGGCAUGGCGCGGCCGGGGGGCGCGGGGCCCUGCAGCCCGGGGCUGGAGCGGGCCCCGCGCCGGAGCGUCGGCGAGCUGCGCCUGCUCUUCGAGGCGCGCUGCGCCGCGGUCGCCGCCUCCGCCGCGGCCGGGGAGCCCCGGGCCCGCCGGGCCAAGCGGCGUGGGGGACAAGUGCCCAACGGGCUUCCGCGGGCCCCGCCGGCCCCGGUGAUCCCGCAGCUGACGGUGACGGCCGAGGAGCCGGACGUAGCCCCGGCCAGCCCGGGGCCGCCGCCGCCGGAGGGCGACUGGCUCCCGGCCGUGGGCUCGCACCUGCAGCAGCCACGCCGCCUGUCCACCUCGUCGCUGUCCUCCACCGGCUCCUCGUCGCUGCUCGAGGACUCGGAGGACGACCUCCUGAGCGACAGCGAGAGCCGGAGCCGCGGCAACGUGCAGCUGGAAGCCGGCGAGGACGCGGGUCAGAAAAGCCACUGGCAGAAGAUCCGCACCAUGGUGAAUCUGCCAGUCAUGAGCCCUUUCAAGAAGCGUUAUGCCUGGGUGCAGCUAGCAGGCCACACAGGGAGUUUUAAGGCUGCGGGCACAAGCGGCCUGAUCCUGAAGCGCAGUUCAGAGCCAGAGCGCUACUGCCUGGCCCGGCUGAUGGCUGAUGCGCUGCGCGGAUGUGUGCCCACCUUCCAUGGAGUAGUGGAACGAGAUGGUGAAAGCUACUUGCAGUUGCAGGACCUGCUUGACGGCUUCGAUGGCCCUUGUGUGCUUGACUGCAAGAUGGGUGUCAGGACUUACCUGGAGGAGGAGCUGACCAAGGCCCGGGAGCGGCCUAAGCUGCGGAAGGACAUGUACAAGAAGAUGCUGGCAGUGGACCCUGACGCACCCACUGAGGAGGAGCAUGCCCAGCGUGCCGUCACCAAGCCGCGCUAUAUGCAGUGGCGGGAAGGCAUCAGCUCCAGCACCACACUUGGCUUCCGCAUUGAGGGCAUCAAGAAAGCUGAUGGCUCUUGUAGCACCGACUUCAAGACUACACGAAGCCGGGAGCAGGUGACUCAAGUCUUUGAGGAGUUCAUGCAAGGAGAUGCAGAAGUGCUGAAGAGGUAUCUGAACCGCCUGCAGCAGAUCCGGGACACCCUUGAGGUCUCCGAGUUCUUUAGGAGGCACGAGGUGAUUGGCAGCUCCCUCCUCUUUGUGCAUGACCAUUGUCAUCGUGCUGGUGUGUGGCUCAUCGAUUUUGGCAAGACAACACCCCUCCCAGAUGGCCAGAUCCUGGAUCAUCGGAGGCCCUGGGAGGAGGGCAACCGUGAGGACGGCUAUUUGCUGGGGCUGGACAAUCUCAUUGGUAUUUUGGCCAACCUGGCUGAGAGAUGAGAGUGGGCUUAUCCCUACACUUGGGUCAGCUGCUCAGACAGAUGUGGACCUGUGUUCCCACCAUGCAUGCUGGCAAGAAGCUGGAACCCCACUGGGGAGGCAGUGCAUAUGGUCCUGCAGGCCCAGGUGCCAUCCACUAAGGGUACACUGCCAACACUAGGAGUUGGCCUCCACAUGAGCCCCAGCUUCCCAAAGCUGGAUGACACUAAUUUACAGGAGGGGAAGGAAACAGUGGGCUAUUUCCUCAGUCCAGGUCUUCGGAGGUGGCUUUGUAUUUCUCCAGAGGGACCAAGUACAGAAUGUUACUUCAUAGGUAUAGACCUAUAUUGGUCCAGUUUCCCACACUGGAAUGGACUUCCUAUUCCCAAUAAAACUCAGACCCAGCUUCUGUGA